UUUAUAUAUAUUACAACCACCCAACCAGCCAACUCACACCCACCCGCAUUUAUUUUUUUGUAAAGUGCGCAAUUCUUUUGCCAUAAAACCAAACCCUAAAGAAAGAAAAGAAGCAAACAUAAAAAACAGCACAAAUUAAAGAUGGCUUCACCAGCACCAGCACUCAAGGAUUUGCCAAAGGUGGCCGAGAACCUGAAGAGCCAAUUGGAAGGCUUCAACACAGAGAAACUGAAGAACGCCAGCACCCAGGAGAAAAUCAUUUUGCCCACCGCCGAGGAUGUGGCCGCCGAGAAGACUCAAAAGUCCAUAAUUGAGGGCAUCACCGCAUUCGAUCAGACCAAUUUGAAGCAUACGGAGACCCAUGAGAAGAAUCCAUUGCCCGAUAAGGAAGCAAUUGAACAGGAGAAGGAGAAGAAUCAAUUCAUUGCCGGCAUCGAGAACUUUGAUGCGAAAAAAUUGAAGCACACCGAAACUAACGAGAAGAACGUGCUGCCAACCAAGGAGGUCAUCGAGGCCGAGAAGAAGGCCUAAAAGGCAGCAAUUUUUUGGUCAAACAAGCAUUCAGCAUUUGCUAACUACGACAACGCGUCGCAACUCUCUCUCUCUCUCUCUCUAUCUCUCUUUCACACUCUCACUUACAUUCAGCUUUUAUAAAUUUUGUGUGUGUUUUUUUUUAUAUAUUCAUAAAAUUUAGUUCUUUUUUUGUGUAUUUUUUUUUUUCUUCAUAUAAAGAGAAAAGCAACAUGUAAUAUGAGAAGCAACGACUGCAAACAGCCGCCAUCCAAUAUAAGCAAACGUUCCACAGCAACAACAACAACAACAACUGCAACAACAACUAUUGCAACUUAAUCCAGUGGCAACUUCAAUGCCACAGCGGAGACAAUGUUGUGCAUGCGUCAUUCGCGUCAUUUGUCAAUGGAAUCGUAGCUGCUUUUUGUUGCUGUCGUUCUCAUUGUUGUUGUUGUUGCUGCAUGUUUUUUGCCAAGUUGAUUUCCAAGUCUUGUCAAAUAUGCAUUUGCAAUAAAUAAGCGAAUUAAAGCUCAUUCCUACUAUUAAAAAAGCGCAUAUAAAUAAAUUCACGCUAAUCAAUAAAGACAUGCAAUACAGACACUGAAA